GCCCGCACCCUCUGCUACUCCAUCGGCCUCGCCUCAUGCAGCUUCGCCUUCUCACAGUUCGCCCAACUAGAGAUCCUAGCAGGGAUAGACCUAAGCUCGCAGUUUGGAGGUCACUACCAGUUCCUCACCAACCUCAGCCUCGCAUUCACUUUCGCCACAUUGCUCGCCUCACUCGCCCACACCCUCUCCCCCUCCGUGCGACCCCUGCGAGUCGUGAAGCGCCUCCUCGCAACCUUUACCCUCCCCGCAGAGCUAAUGGUCUCCCUCCUCUACUGGACCGUCCUAGCGAUCAACCCCUCUCUCCUCAUUCCCGAACGAGAAGUAGCCGACCCGCUCAACCCAGGUCAAUUCGUCAUGGAACCCGUUCGCCUACCCUGGGUAGUAGACCUAACCAUGCACGCCUUCCCCGCCAUCUUCCUCGUAGUGGAUUUCCUCUUCUUCUCCCCACCUCUACCCCUCUCGGUGCGGAGGCUCACGACGAGCUGGCCAACGUACAGUGCAGGGUUGGCCGUAUUCGCCUAUUGGGGGUGGGAGAGCCUCUGCGCCUCCAAGAAUGGGCAUUACCCCUACCCCUUGUUGGGAUUGAUGAGUACGACGCAACGGGCCCUGUUCCACGUAGCGUGC